CUCUGCCGUCCCUGCACUUCACAAUCAACACUUUCCACCUACUGAAAACCUAAGAAACUAAAACACGAAUGUCUGCUGAGAGAACAAUUGCACUCAUCUCUGGUGCCAACUCUGGCAUUGGACUUGCUGUUGCCACUCAACUUGCCCAGGAUCAUGGAUUCCAUGUCAUCGUUGGCUCCCGAAGCGCAGAUGCCGGAGGAAAGGUUGCAGCUUCCCUGGCAGCAGCUGGAAAUUCAGCUUCCUCGGUCCAGCUUGACAUCACCUCAGACCAGUCAAUUGAAGCAGCUGUUGGGGCUGUCGAACGUGAAUUCGGAGUGUUGGACGUGCUGAUCAACAACGCCGGCAUCAUGCUUGAUACUCGGAAAGAUGGUCGAUCGACACGUGAGCUUUUCACCGAGACUUUCAACGCCAAUAUCAUCGGAGCGGCCUGCUUGACGGAAGCAUUUUUGCCGCUACUGCGCAAAUCCUCAUCAACACGAGUUUUAUUUGUCACGUCGCGCAUGGGAUCGAUUUCUGAGGCGACUAACAAUUCGACCAUGUACUACAACCUGGACUACCGGGCGUACGAUUGCAGCAAAGCCGCCCUGAAUAUGCUGGCAGUCAACUAUGCCAGGAUCCUUGAAGACGUCGGAGCCAUGGUGAAUGCGGUAUGCCCUGGAUUAGUGAAGACUAAGCUUACGAACAACCAUCCAUACGGGUCUUCGCCUGAACAGGGAGCACAGCGUAUCGUUGAGUUGGCGACUGCUGCGAAGGGAGGCCCGACAAUGACGUUUUCCGAUAAAGAUGGUGAUAUCCCUUGGUAGUCAUUGCGAUCAUAGAAGAGUUUAUUGGACCGCGAGCACCACCGAGUC